AUGCACUUCCCAGGCCAUAUGCCUCCCACCUCUUGGCCAUGCCAACAAAAUCAGUUCAUAACUAUCUAUCUAUCUAUCUAUCUCUGUCAGUUCAUAUCUAUCUAUCUAUCUAUCUAUCUAUCUAUCUAUCUAUCUAUCUAUCUAUCUCUGUCAGUUCAUAUCUAUCUAUCUAUCUAUCUAUCUAUCUCUGUCAGUUCAUAUCUAUCUAUCUAUCUAUCUAUCUCUGUCAGUUCAUAUCUAUCUCAGUCAGUUCAUAUCUAUCUAUCUAUCUAUCUCUGUCAGUUCAUAUCUAUCUCACUUAUAUCUAUCUCAGUCAGUUCAUAUCUAUCUAUCUAUCUAUCUAAGUCAGCUUAUAUCUAUCUCAGUUCAUAUCUAUCUAUCUAUCUAUCUAUCUAUCUAAGUCAGCUCAUAUCUAUCUCCGUUCAUAUCUAUCUAUCUAUCUAUCUAUCUAUCUAUCUAUCACAUUAA